UCCGUCCGGGAGAGGUGUGCAAAGAGAAGAGAUCAUGAAGUGUCUUGUUGCUGUUCUGGUCUUUGUAGUGCUCGCAGAGGGAAUCAAGAUCCCUCUGCAAAAGAGCAAGUCUAUUCGUGAGGCCCUGAGAGAGAAAGGGAUUGAGAUUCCUUACCAGGACCCAGCCCAGAAGUACCAGAACAAUGAGUUUGCCGCAGUUGGGAUGUACAUCAACAACUACGCUGAUACGACCUACUACGGAGCCAUCAGUGCUGGAACACCCCCCCAGUCCUUCCAGGUGCUGUUUGACACCGGCUCUGCCAACCUGUGGGUGGACUCAACCCACUGUAACACUCAGGCGUGCAACACACACAAGAAGUUCAACCCCCAGCAGUCCUCCACCUACUCCUCAAAUGGUCAGACCUUCUACCUGCCCUACGGAGCCGGGAGCCUUAAUGGAGUCUUUGGCUAUGACACUGUCAAUGUCGGCGGAAUUGUAAUCUCUAACCAGGAGAUUGGUCUGAGCACAAACGAGCCUGGCCAGAACUUUGUGGUGGCCCAGUUUGAUGGCAUCCUUGGCUUGUCCUAUCCAGCCAUCUCAGCUGGAGGAGAGACCCCCGUCUUUGACAACAUGAUGUCUCAACGCCUGCUGAAUGCCGACAUUUUCGCUUUCUACCUGUCUAGGAACGGACAGCAAGGCAGUGUGCUCUCUUUCGGAGAAGUGGACCAGAACAUGUACCGGGGCCAGAUCUACUGGACUCCUGUCACCUCUGAAACCUACUGGCAGAUUGGCGUGCAGGGAUUCCAGAUUAACAAUCAGGAGACCGGCUGGUGCUCACAGGGAUGCCAGGCCAUCGUGGACACUGGAACCUCCAUGCUGACAGCCCCAAGCCAGGUCAUAGGUGGCAUCAUGCAGUCCAUUGGAGCCCAGCGGAACCAGUACGGACAGUAUAUGGUGAACUGCGCCCAGAUCAACAACUUGCCAACUCUCAGCUUUGUCAUCAGUGGAGUUGCCUUCCCUCUGCCUCCUUCUGCUUACAUCAUGCAGCAUUACCAGAACGGAUACCAGUUCUGCUCCGUGGGCAUCACCCCCACCUACCUGCCCUCUCAUAACGGUCAGCCGCUGUGGAUCUUCGGAGACGUGUUCCUGAGGGAGUACUACUCCGUCUAUGACCGCGCCUACAACCGCGUUGGCUUCGCCACCGCUGCCUAAGUGACAUCGGGGUGACGUAACCCGACCAGGAAGUUGAGCUGAUCAUAGGUUUUUGUCUGCUUCUAUGCUAUUAGCAUCUCCUCUGGGAUUAUUCCAAACAAUCAUUAAUUAAAAUACGUAUUUUGCUUUGGACAUGGACAUGUUAAAAGCUGAAAAACUGAAAUGUGAUCACCAUGGAGCAGACUAAAAAAUAAAGAGCAAAAAUUCAAA